AUGGGUUCCAAGGAGACAGGCACCAUGCUUGCCGCGCAAUACAACAAGGCAAGACCCAUGACCCCUCACCCAGACCUCGAACAACGACUAACAACAUUUACAGCUGAGCAACAAGGAGUGCUUCUCUAUGUCAUUCAGACCUGGUACGCUACCUUGACCUGUGGACUGCUCCAGUCGACUGACACUCCACACCAGAUGCUCUUCUGGGGCCAUACGGCUGAGGAGCCUCCCACCGAUAAAAUCACGAUCGGACACGAGAAUACAGGUUAUGUGGUCGGGGUUGGAAAAGAUGUCAAGGGUUUCAAGGUUGGCGAUCUUGUUGGCUGCCUUGGUUGCAGUUACGCCUGUUAUGAUUGCGAGGGAUGCCAAGUCCAUAACCUGUUUUGCGAAGAGGGAACAGGAAAAAUGCACGGCUUUUCGUGUCCUGGUCACUUUGCCGAGUAUUCCGUUUCUGAUUAUCGGAAUGCCAUGGUUCUGCCCAAGGGUAUGAACCCAGACACAUCUGCGCCGCUCUUUUGCGCUGGGGUCACUGGUCAGUAUCCAUCCCUCAUUCAUGCCGCUGAGAUCAAAGGGCUUACUAACGUCUUGUCAGCCUAUCAUGCUAUCCGGGGAUGUGACCUUCGUGAGGGACAGUGGAUCGCCAUUGUAGGCUGCGGUGGCCUUGGGCAUCUAGCUGUGCAAUAUGCCAAGGCACUGAAGCUCAAGGUUGUCGGCAUCGACAUUUCCAAAUCUCAGCUUGACGAUGCGAAAAGCCUGGGCGCCGACUAUGUCAUCAACACACUUGAGGAACGAGACUACGAAACCAAGAUCAAGAAGAUCACGGGUGGUGGCUGCCAUGCUGCUGCCGUAUUCAGCGCUUCCAAUGCAGCAUACGAAAGUGCCCCAAGGACACUGCGCAUCAACGGUCUUUUGAUGGUUGCUGGGAUCCCUCAAAAGCCAUUGUCCAUCAGCGCUCUCGACAUUCUCCUUGGCAAAUACCGGAUUGCCGGCCGUAGCAGUGGCAUUCCCAAGAACAUGCCGGAAGCUAUCAACUUUAGUCAUGAACAUGGCAUCCAAGCACACAUGACGACGUUCAAAGACAUAAACGACAUUCACAGAGUGAUUGAUUUGAUGAAUUCUGGAAAGACAGCAGGAAGAUUUGGAAUAGUAUUAGAGUAA